ACUCUUAGGUAGUCGAUUUUCAGUAACUCAGAGAAGUUCCGGACGAGACCUUACAAAUUCACAAUGGCGAUGGCUUUCAAGAUGGCAACCACUGGAAUGUGGGUGAGCGAUGAGUGCAAGAACUCGUUCAUGGAAAUGAAAUGGAAGAAGGUGCAUAGGUAUAUUGUUUUUAAGAUCGAUGAAGGAUCGAGGUUGGUUACUGUGGACAAGGUCGGCGGUUCCGCAGAAAGCUACGAUGAUCUCACCGCCUCAUUGCCGACCGACGACUGUCGGUAUGCUGUGUUCGAUUUCGACUUUGUCACCAUUGAUAAUUGCCGGAAGAGCAAGAUCUUCUUCAUCGCCUGGUCACCGACCGCAUCAAGAAUUAGAGCAAAAAUUCUAUACGCAACUUCAAAAGCUGGACUGAGGAGAGUGCUGGAAGGUAUACAUUACGAGGUCCAAGCAACCGAUCCAACUGAGAUGGGGAUCGAUGUGAUCAAGGACAGAGCCAAAUAGAUAAAAAGAAUUAGAAAAAGAAAAUAGCUCAUCAAUCGUUCUUUAGGCAUCUUUUACUCUGUUUUUUAAUAAUCAAUGACCACUCCCAAUCACUAUAUGUUAUCUGCUCUUUCCUUCUUCGUUUGUUCAUCUUUAUUUUUCUUUUUUGGGAACUAAUGUAAGUAAAAAUAAAAACUAAUGUUGUGGACAAUCAAAGCCCCUUUUCUUGUAUUGGCUUUGAUCUUGAAAAGGUGAGCUGCUGCUGAUAAUUGAUGUAGUGUGUAAUUUGAUCUUAUGUAUAUUAUCCUCUUGCCUUCUUAAA